CUGCAAUCAAUUGUACUAGAAGUACACGUUCAGUGAACACGCUCCAGAAUACACACCUUGCUAAUGUAACGGGCUACAGACAUGUUCCCUCUAAUAUAACUUUAAAUCAUCUGUCAAACUGGCAACGCAAGCUCUUAGUUCUGAGCCUCGGCUGUAUUCUGAGCCUACUGUUAUUCUGAAUAAGGAUGCGACAUUCGUAACAUGUCCCAACAGGGUUAUACCUAAGGAUUAAAAAAAAAAAGGUACGCCAUAUCACGCAAAUAGUCACACAAAUCAUUGUCAAAGUCGGAUUUGCCAAAUAAAUAUCAAAGAUGAUUGAUUCCAUAUCGUGGAACACUGAGAGGGAUGAAGCGAUUCAUCGAACAGUUGGUGAAGCUCAGCUUCGAAAGCUAGGGAUUUUUCUACAAAAAUUAACGCAAGACGUCAGCUGGGCUACUGAUUCAUCCCUAAAAUACAUAGUUGAGGGUCCAAUUCGUCUAGUGUACAAACCCCGCGAAGAUAUGAGCAUUAUGGAUAUGGUGGAAAUGGAGAACAAAACAUUAGCAAAGCUAUUGGCUGCAGUAGCCGGAACGUGCAGAGAAAUAAGACUGCUCAAAAUUGAAGCAAAGAAGUUUUAUCAGAAACUAUUUACCUAUGGAGACGCGAGUGUAGUUGCCAACAACGAUCAAGGGGAUAACGCUAAUAUCCUCUUGUCAAUCCUACAAGAUCUGUCUGCAUAUGUGAACAGACUUUCGGUAGUAACAAAUCUAACAAUUCAACAGUUGUCUAACUUGACAAGUAAUGCCUAUGAUAUUUAUUUUCCACUACUUAUAGAACAUCUGAUAGAUUUGUUUGUUAUCUUUGUUACACUUGAUGAGAUUAUAGAUGCUCAUCCUGCGCUACUGGAUGCUUGGGACCAGUAUUGCAUACGUGCUAGGACGAUGCUGCAUAAUUCCGAACAGUUCAAUAUCCCUAAAUCAAAGUUAGGGACGUUUGAAAAGAUGUUGAGAGAUCUACGCCACCAGCUAUUGGCAAAUAAUUUAUUCCUAAAGGCAAUUGAUAGGGCAAUGGAUAUAAACAAGACUCCUAUAAUGCAGAAUCACAUAGCUUGUUAUUUGAAAAACACAAUGCUGGAUGUGGAAAGAAAAGCAGGAGAUAAUUCAGCCUUCAAUCAAAACUGGAUAAGGAUCAAUGUCGGAGUAGUGGUUAUUGUGAAGCUUUUUGGAGCCAUGGAUAAAAAAGUUUUAAAAAGACUGAACGAAGUGAAUAAAAAACAUUAUUCAGUCACUCUUGUUGGCAAUGUCACUUGGGUUCCCAGUAAAUUCUUGGCUUCUCUGAUCCCUAAGGACGCUGGACCGGAGGUCAGUCCACAGAUUGGUGAGAAAAUCCUCACGAGCAGAAUCCAGAAACUGCCCGAGCUAACCAGUUGUUUGGCUCGAAGAGCAGGCCAAUGGUCAGUAGAUAUGCAAAACAUGAUGGUACAUCCUCUCGAGAAAUUCAAGCUAACAGAUCUUGAGAAAAAAUGCCACUUGCUAAUCGAAUUCUUGAACUUGUUGCUACAGAUAAAAGAGAAUAUUUUUUAUGUCACAAAUCUUCACGCUGCAUUGUUGAAGCCUAUGACCCGCCAUAUUGUUCAACUUGUCUGCAGGCUUAUAGAAAUUCAAAAAUCACUUGAGACUACUUUUUACACGCUUGGGUCUGAGGUGGUUCUGUCCCAAAGCUAUGUAAUCCAGCAUCUAAGUUACCAAAUUCUCAUCAUCUUAGAUGCAGCCAAAAAAGGACUGAUGUUAAAUGAUAAAGGAUACACCAGAGAGCAGCUUGAUGCGUUGACGUUAGUAGGCUUAAGUGUGAGACUAAUGAAUAGUCCACCGACGGGGGAUCGAAGACUUAUUGUGCGGUGCGCACUUGCAGCUGCUAGCCAACUCACAGACAGCUUUAAGGAAGAGGAAGUUACAAAACUAAGGAGUCUUUUAGACGCAUAUGAUACCAUUGCCGAAUUGCAAGAGCUAGUAUCCGAAGCAUGCGAUUAUUCAGUUGUACUACACCACCGAAGCAUGCUUCCUGCAUAUUUAAGCAUGGUCAUAGAUGGGAAUUCUGAUAUUAGUCGAAUUGUCCACUUGUUGAGCGCGUUGAACAGUGCUGUAGCUAGUAAUGAACCCCCAAAUUCAGCAGAACACAGAAACAAAGAGCAUAGAGAUAUGUUGAUAAAAAAUGUCCUUGAACCUGCUUGUCACGAAAUUGAAACAAGCUUGAGAUUACAUGUACAUGCACAUUUGAAGUUGGAUGACUCGAAUCCAUUCAAAACUGGCGCAGUCAACUCAAACAGAAUCGUCAGAGCUUCACCACUGCCUGUUUCUAAUAACUUUAUAAGCCCAAAGAGAUUCAUAGAACAUUAUUUAGAUGACAUGUUCUACAAUCUCACAACUGUUGCUCUACAUGAUUGGAGAACUUAUGGAACAAUGCGAAGAUUAGCUGGAUACAAAUUGAACCUGGAUAUGGUUCAGGAUCACUUACCAAUGCAAAAUUUAGAACAGGGCUUAGAUGCACUGGAAAUAAUGCGGAACAUCAAUACCUUUGUUGCUAAAUACUUGUACAAUUUGAACACACAAACAUUCAUAGAGCGAACAAGUUCUAACAAAUAUUUGAAUACGAUUGGCAUCAGACACAUAGCAAACUCCAUCAGAACGCAUGGUAACGGAAUUAUGAGUACAACUGUGAACUUCGUCUACCAGUUCCUUCGUGCAAAGUUACAUACUUUUUCGCAAUUUUUGUUCGAUGAACAUAUAAAAUCACGACUAAUACGUGAUAUUAGGUUCAUUAAAUCGCAGCGAGAUAAUGGUGCUACUCCUUAUACGUAUGAGAAGGCUGAAAAAUUUCAGAAGGGUAUACGCAAAUUGGGAAUGACUGCAGAUGGUCUCAGUUUCUUGGAUCAAUUCAGAAUUCUGGUUUCUCAAAUAGGAAAUGCUCUCGGUUAUGUCAGGUUGAUUCGCUCUGGGGGUCUGCACGCCUGUUCUAAUGCAAUUUCUUUUCUCCCAGAUAUGAACAUCGACACUUCUUUUGAAUCCACGUGUACAGAACUCAAUUUUACCACAACAACGCAAGCAGCAGGGAAGCGUCUUGAUGAUGAUGUUGCAAAUUUGGUCCAAAGUUUUACCGAAGGUACACAGUACUUUAGAUUGCUGGUAGAUGUAUUUGCUUCCGCAUUUCGCGAUCCAAAAAAUGUUCACCUACAACAAUUCUAUGCUAUUAUUCCACCGUUGACUCUCAGUUUUGUGGACAAUGCUUUAGCUAACAAAGAAAAAAUGUCUAAAAAAAAUAAGACCGGUGCAGCCUUCACUGAUGACGGGUUUGCGAUGGGAGUAGCAUACAUCAAUGCUCUUCUUGAUCAAAGUACGGAAAUAGAUGGUCUUCAGUGGUUUAAAACUGUAGAAGAACAAAUCACUAUAGAAAGGAUAGCAGCGCAGAAUAAAAACGAUUUUGGAGAUGAAAAAUUGCAACAAACCAGGGCUUUGACUGUUAAACGGCUAGCAGAAAGAAAUGCUGAGUUUCAGUUGCUUUAUUACAGUCUCUCUGGCGCAAGAGUAUUUUUUAAACAGCCUGAUGCCACUUGUGCAUAACUAAUUAAUCAUACCAAUUAUUAGUUCAUAAGAUAUGAAGAUGAUAAUAAAAUGUUAAAUUUGUUA